AUGCCACCCAGCGAGCACUCGGCCGAGGGCCAGGUCGAAAAGCAGCCGCCGGCUGAGUCGCUGCGCAACGAGGAACCGGAAACUCCUCGCUCGUCGCAUGCGCCCACCGAUACGGAGAAAGUCGUCUACGCCGACGGCACUGUCGAGUACGUCGACAAGCAUGCUCUUGGUGGCGAGUUCGACCAGAUGCCCGUGGGUUACUACAAGAGCCCUCAGUUUCUAGGUACUCUCGCGGCUCAAUCUCUCGCCAGCAUCUGCGCCUACCUGGGCUGGGUACUCCCGGCUAACACUCUGACACUCAUUAACGCGGAUAUUGGCCCAUCGGCCAACAUCAACUGGGUCGCGACCAUCUGGACUAUGGGCUCUUCUAUCGGUUUCCUCCUCGUCGGCCGUCUCUCAGAUCUUUACGGCCGCAAGUGGAUGGUCCUCGGCACGUCUCUUCUCGGUCUCAUCGGAUGCAUUCUUGGCGGCACUGCGAACAGCGUUGCCAUGUUGAUUGCUUCCAACGGAUGCAACGGUAUCGCGGCUGCAGGCCAACUCUCCUUCGGUAUUGUUCUCGGCGAACUCGUCCCCAACAAGCACCGUGGCCCCAUCAUCGGCUUCGUCUUCAUGACCUCGAUGCCCUUUGCGGUCUUCGGCCCCAUCAUCGCCCGCAGCUUGAUCGAGAACACGGCGCAGGGCUGGCGCUGGAGCUACUACAUCGGCAUCAUCCUGAGCACCAUCACCCUGGCUCUUUACCAGUUCCUCUACCAUCCCCCUACCUUUGAGCAGCUCCAUGUCGGAAAGACUCGCAUGCAGCAAACCAAGGAGCUCGACUGGGUUGGCAUCUUCCUCUUCCUCGCCGGCUGUGUUCUGUUCCUCAUCGGCCUCUCCUGGGGCGGAACCUCAUACCCUUGGAAGAGCGCCGAGGUUCUCUGCACUCUCAUCAUUGGCAUCCUGACUGUUGCGGCCUUCUUUAUCUAUGAGGGAUUCUUCUGCAAGGUCCAGCCUCUUAUGCCCCCUCGCGUCUUCAAGAACAUUGGUUUCGUCGCCAUUGUCGCCAUCGCCACCGUCGCUUCCAUCGUUUACUACUCCCUUACCGUUCUCUGGCCCACCAUCAUCUCGACCAUCUACACGACCGAUUCCAUCCAGAUCGGAUGGCAGAGCUCCGUCGUCGGCGGCGGUGUGCUUCUCGGCCAGGCUUUGUCCGGCCUCGCCAUCUCAUAUGUCCCCAAGCUAAAGUACCAGUGUAUUGGUGCUGCCGUCCUUGUCUUCUCCUUCGUCACCGCCAUGAGCUCGCUGUCCAAGGACCGCUGGGCGGCCACCAUCACCUUCGGCACCAUCGCCUGCACGGCCGUCGGAUACAUUGAGAACGUUGCUGUCCCCGGUGUGACUCUGCUUUGGGGCCCUCAAGAUAUCGGGUUGGCUACUGGUGUCCUCGGGUCCAUUCGUGCCCUGGGUGGUGCCAUCGCCCAAUCUCUCUACGUUUCCGUUCUCAACACCGAGCUCGCCACAAGGAUCCCCGAGUAUGUUACUCCUGCUGCGACCGAAGCUGGUCUGCCUUCCGACUCUCUCACUGCUUUGUUUGCGGGAAUCACGGCAGGUGACUACUCCGCGGUCCCUGGCGUCACCGACAAGGUGGUCGCCGCCGUCAGCGCAGCGAUGCUCAAGGCCUACACCAACUCGUUCCACAUCGUCUUCUACGCCACCAUCCCCUUUUCGUGUAUUCUCCUCGUCGCCGCCUGCCUUGUCCCCAACGUUGAGAAGUACCUCACCAACAACGUUGCGAAGCGUCUGCAAGACAAUGCGUUCCGCAAGGUUUCCACAGAGUCCCUGCAACACGUCGAGGAGCCCAAGAACGAGGACCGUAACGGCUACGACUCUCAUGUUGCCUCAACUGUUUAGAUGUAUUGGAUAUCCUCUGGAGUGGCGUUUUUCUAUCUGCCAGGAAAUUUGUUUACCAGGCUUGAAGAUACCCGAGGACUGUCUUGACAUGGAGAUCACUUCUCAGGGCCCUCUCUGGGGUGUAUAAUUUGUGUUUACUUAUCCUGCAAGGAAACCGACAAAAAAUCCGGUCGGGAUUGUACAUAGGAAGUUGGGAUAUUAAUGAAGUCGCUUUAGAGAUUGGUUUCUUGGAUA